AUUGCUCGGGGCUUCGAGAACAAAACGCAGGACCAGCUGCCUGUCCAUAGCGCCAGUUGGCAUCGACGUGCCAGAGAAGAGCUCCAAGCAGCCCCACUUCUUGCCCAUGUUUCGUGAUAAAUCGUAAUGUGCGGUGCUGCAUUAAUUUACACAGAGUCGGCAGCAGAAUACGUGAAGUCCCGCCUGCCCGAAGUCCUCAAACAGCAUCUGCAAGACUACGAGAAGGACAAAGAGAACAGCGUGCUGUCCUACCAGACCAUCCUGGAACAGCAGAUCCUAUCCAUCGAUCGAGAAAUGCUGGAGAAAUUGACCGUAUCCUAUGAUGAAGCAGGCACAACAUGUCUGAUCGCGCUGUUGUCGGACAAGGAACUGACGGUGGCCAACGUUGGCGAUUCGCGAGGAGUCCUGUGUGACAAGGACGGCAACGCCAUCCCCCUGUCCCACGACCACAAGCCCUACCAGCUGAAAGAGAGGAAGAGGAUUAAAAGAGCCGGUGGUUUUAUCAGCUUUAACGGCUCGUGGCGCGUGCAGGGGAUCCUGGCCAUGUCCCGCUCCUUGGGGGAUUACCCUCUGAAGAAUCUGAACGUUGUCAUUCCCGACCCCGACAUUCUUACCUUUGACCUGGACAAACUGCAGCCGGAGUUCAUGAUCCUGGCGUCAGACGGGCUGUGGGACGCGUUCAGCAACGAGGAAGCCGUGCGGUUCAUCAAGGAACGCUUGGAUGAGCCGCACUUUGGUGCCAAGAGCAUAGUCCUACAGUCCUUUUACAGAGGAUGUCCUGAUAAUAUCACCGUGAUGGUGGUGAAGUUCAGGAAUAGCAGCAAAACAGAAGAACAGUAAUUGCCGCUGGGGCUCUGCCGCACUCUGAACUUAGAACAAACUCGUACAUUUUAAACGUAGUAGAAAGCUCUAGUAAAUGCCGUUAAGAUUCUACACAGAAGGAACAGAUCCCUCUGGUCUUUGUUCCCUGCUUAGCAAAAGGAGCAAUACAAUAAAUACUUUCUGAGUGAUGAUAAGGAUUCAGCUCGUUCACAUGUACCUGUCGCCCGUGACCUUGCUGCUCCUUAGAAACUAACUGUAACCUCCCAUUUCAGAGUUUUCUUUACAAAUCCCGUGUAGACUUUUCGUUUGACUCCUUGCUUCUCAUUUCUGGCGGUCGAAGGUUCGCGCGGAGGCCCGAGUGACGGGGACGCUGCUGCCGGCGCUCGCGGGCGCGACUCCACAACGAUGCUCUCGCGUCUCUCAUCCAUUUCCUUUUUUAAUCUGCAGUGCUCAGGUUGUACAGGAAAAGGUUUGUGAUUGUUGGCCUGUUAUUGAUAUGAAGGAGGAAGAGGAGCCAACUCUUAACCUGCUACCACAGAACUGGCUCUCACUUUGUUCAACCUCCCGCCCCUUAAGUAUUAAUAAAUCCCCGCCAAGCAUGUGAUGAGGUAGAGUUACCGAGUUACCUGAAGCCACAUGUUUAUUCAGUCUGUGCGUUACUCAGAUUUAAACAUCUCUUCUAUGCCAUAUUGUGUUCAAACCAACCAAUGUUAAACUCCAGCAAAAUAUCCUGAUCCUGAUACUUCCUAUAUCAAAACCUCGGUCUGCUGGGCUCGAGGAACGUGCCAUUCACCGAGAUUCAGCCCUUUAUCAGGUUUUUGGCAAGGACUUUUCACAGGCCUGUACAGAAAGUGAUGCGAGAUAAAAUUCAUUUCAUUAAUGAUUGUCUGGAAAACAAGAGGGCGUUCCUUGGAGCCACCUAGAUGGAAGUGAAGCCUAUCGAGAGACUUCCUUGUGCUGCUGCAGAUUGAUUUCUGGUGUUAAUGAGGGGAAGACCACUUAAAAACCAUUUUUCAGUAUAAUGUGUAAAUGCCAGAUAUAAAUGCUUCUGUUAAGUCUAGAUAAAAAAGUGUUUAGAUCUAACUUCCAGUAUUUAAUUGAAUUUUGGAAUCUGUGACUACUGUAGGGUUAAAUGACAACAGCCUGUUGUUGGAGGUUGGGAUUUUGGGUGGCUCACUGGCCCGUAUCGUGUCGUACAACAGUCCAUGGGGUUCCUUCCCCCAAAACGUGGUCCCGGAUGAUCCGCUCGAGUCUCAUGUUUUCAGGGUGAUGGAGUUGUCAGUAUUUGGGUCCCGAGGUGAAUCAGGGAUAGAAUGUGUUAACUGCCCUUGUCUGUUUUUUGGGUAAAGACACAAUAUUCCUUAGUUUAACUGUUCCCUGGCUCUCAUCACCCACCUGCAGUGGUUUUGGGCAAGUGGCUGGUCCCUAAAGUACGGGCACGUGUUGUGGUUGUGCUGAGCGGGCAGAGUGCCCCUCCAGACAAAACGGGAAGAGCACGAAUUUCUGCUUGAGCAGGAAUCCCCAUCUUAGUCACUUUUGUUAUCUUUCCCCCAACAAACUCCCCUCCUUUAGUUUGUUUGGAGAUAAUAAUGACUCUUAAUUGGAUGUGUUGCUAUUACCAGUGCUGUUAAACUGUGUUCGCAUCCUUGGGCACCUCUUCUCAUCCCAGACGCUGGUAGAGCCCCUUGACUGAGCAACAGCCGAGUGAUGAGCAGAGAUCCAAGUGUCUGACGUCCCCUGCUCAGAGGAUGGCAGGCUGUGGACUUUUAAAAUCUCUCAAACAGUGCGUCUGGUGAAUUUUAAAUGCAACUUUGCAGUUAAAUUGAGCAGCUAACAAAAAAUGUUAAUAACUGCAGGUUACCUUAUUUUGAAAGGGUAGUUGAGGUCAGAGCGCUGUGAAAUGAAAACCUUGUGUGGUAUUUCCAUGGGAGCGCUUAAUCACGUCCUCACGGCAGCAGGAUUGCAACUGCGGGCAGAGUUCAAUGGUACGUGCAGCGUUUGCCUUUCCCUUCUGCUUCACAGGUGAUGUUUCUGUCCUGCUGGCUUCACUUGGCAGGACAGCGUCUGGGUGUUUGUAGAACAGCUGCCAGGGAACAGGACAAUUUGCCCCAGCAGCCUCCAGAGCCCUAAAGCAGAGGACGCCUACAGAGCAGGGUCACCAGCGCUAACCCGGCACGGGAUUUAGGAAAACACACCGUGCAGAGCGAUGUGGAACUGUCUGGCAGGCUUGGCAGGAUAUUUAUUCCAGGAUUCAUUUACUCCGCCGCUCACAGGCCCAUCCAGUCACCGCAUCAGCCCCAUUUCAACCUUGCACUGUCUGCACCUGCAACGAUUGUUGUUUUAGCACCUUCAGUUUUCUUGGCAACACCCCCACCUCGGCAGCAGCUCCCUCCUGGCCAAAGGCAGCAUGAGCUCUGGUAAGGUCUUUUGGUUAUAUUAAUAUUACUUUAAAGCACUAGUUGCAGCCACGUUAGGUUUAAAGGUGGGCUGCUGGAGGUGACGGGCCCGUCUUCCAGGUGCGCAGUGCCCACCUGUCCCCUGCUAGACGUCUCCAAGACGUUUUUAAUCCAGUUCUAGACACCUGUAGCUUCCCAGUCAUGUUGAUCUGAGCCAAAUUCCGUCGUGAUACAUAGGGCUGUUGGAUGACAAGAUUAAGCAGUGUAUGUAUUGGUUACACGACUUGGAUGAUCUGGGGUCUGAUCCUCCGCUGCUGGAAUGUGGAUCCUGCAUCUGGGAGGAGCUGCCGGAGCCUGUAGCAGGAACAUCCCCCAGCGCUCGAGCACAAGGUGCUGCAGCCCCGACUCCAUCCUGGUCCUGCUGCCCGGCCUGGCCACCUCCCAAAAAAAGGGGAGAUGCCUUUUGCUUAAAGUGGCUCGUAUUUGUGGAAUAUUUUGUUUAAGCCAGAGUAGCUCCAUCGGUGACAGUUCAUCCAGCAAUGAUGGUUUAUAAUGGCAGAAAACUGAUAUAUUAAGUUGCUGCCAAAGAGCAUCUUUUGUAUGGUCUAAUAGGAAAAAACAUACCUUGUAAUUAGUCACCUUGAAAGUACUUGAAAGAACUUGGGCUGUUCCCAGUGGUGUUGUAAACUAACAGUGUAACUCACCUGUAGUGCACAUUAAAGCUUUUCCAUUCUGCUCCUGGACUAGCAGGUAGUUUAUCACUGAUUACGUACCAGCGGGUUCGGACAAGGCUGUUUGUUCACUCCUCUGACAAAACGGCUUUGACCUUCACCGCUGGCGGCUCCUGGCAGGGACGGGAUCCCGGCUCUAGAUCCCGGCCUGGUUAGGCGGGAUCACAGCUCCGUCUAGUGGCUGGCCUAAGCACCAUAACCAGCAGGAUUGGUAAAGUUAAUAGUGAAAAAUGUGUGAUUUUAAGUCCCCCUUGCACAGUUCACAAUUUUAAAUGAAUGAGCCCAUUUUAUUGACUGUUUAGAUAAAGUAAAUACCAUUUGACAUCAUGUGUUGUCUGCUGACGUGUGGACACAAGGUCAGUACCAAAACUGCUGCUGAUGUGUUUACAUUAUUUUACCAUUGACACGUGGUAAACUGAAAAAAAUAAUAGUGAAGUUUUUAGAAUACAGAAUUGAGUACUAAAGCCUGAACAACAGUGUUUGCUACACAAACACUAGAUCUUGAAAAUGAGGGAGUUUUGUUGCCUCUCAGAAUACAUGCUUUAAAUAAUCAUAAUAUAUUGCUAAUGCAGCUGAUGCUUAUUUUACAGAUAAACAUUUAGGAAGUGAUUAUACUAAAAACCCCUCACCAGCCUUUCAUUUCCUAAAGGAGGUUUGAGGCCUCCAUCCCGCAGCCCGGCUGUACGGAACAGCAAGGUUAACAUUGAGAACGUUCUGCUGGGGUUCGGCAGCCGCUGCCCCUCGGCGGGGUCCCUGUGUUUAUAACGCACCCUUCUGCACCUGAGGACUCGUAUCUAUGAAGAUAGCUACAAUUAAGUUAAAAUGUAUUUGAAUUUUAAACCACUGAUUGAUAUAGUGCUGACUAUAUACGGCUUAGGCAAGCAGCUGGUUUACAAAUAGUUUUCCCUUAGGUAACGAAGUUCAAGGCAUCAGUUGUCUCUUGUUCUAUACAAUAGGCCAGAUGCUCCUUUAAGCCAAACGUGCAGCCAAAGUCCGUCUAAAGCCAUCAGUAAAGAGGCUCAAAUCGAGAGCAAUUCUGGACUAAAGAGCUGAAACCCAGUUUUGUGAGUAGGUCAGCUCAGUGUUACAGAAGAACUCUGACUGAGUUGAGCAAUAAGGAAAUAAAGCACUUUUUCCUGCAUUUAUAUGGCCGGCCCUAUGCUCCUUUGAGCCUGUGGAGCCGCAUCGGUACUUCGAGGGAGGCAGAUAUUAGUCAAUAUAUUCAUCAAUGAUUUGGAUGAGGGAAUAGAAGAUAAACCUUAGGAAAAUAUUGCAAACCGUCUAUGUCCUGUUAGUACUGAACCGAUCAUAAGGAAUCAAUAAAGCCCCUGAGUUUGCAGCACGUACUAUUUCAUGGCUUAUUGUGAACCUGUUUGUUCAACGCACAAAACAUUUAAACCUUUUAACUCUUCUGAAAUACCAUCCAGGUAUGGACAGUCUUGACGUCCUGCCCUGUAAAGCCCUUUUGCUGCCCCCCCAGCUGUGGUUUCCAGACAUCGCUGACCAAGAGAUUAUUACUAUAAUUAUUAUUAUUAGGCUUUUCAAGGUAGAAAGCCCCACACUUUUCACAUCCAAAUCCCAAGCGCUUGGAGUCCUGAUUUAAUUUGUCUUUCUGAACCACUUGCCUGCACAAGAACCUUUGGAUUUAGGAACAUCUCAGCCUGUGGUUGAAGCUUCAUCCUCAGUACAAUACUGCAGGCAGACGCAAUAAAAUUUGGGCCAACUGCCGACUUUAAUGCUGCCUUACAUGAGUUCACAGUCUUUGCACGGCUGCUCACACAAGAAACUUCCCUGAUAUUUGCUUUAAGCAGAAACAUUAGCUCAGUUGUGAAUUUUUAUGGUCUUUUAAGCAAUAAUAAGGUCAGAGUCAAAUAUGAACGCAAAAGCCUUCAAGACCAUGAUCAGUGUUAUUGUUCUGGGGCACAAAUAUUGAAAACACCUUGUUUGGUGGUGGGUGCAUGUUUCUUGCAGCCUUUGCUGUAAUACCCGGUUCUUAUUCCCUCGCCAGGAGCACCAGCUGCUUUAGCUGCCCGGGUUCUUUCAUCAAUACAUUUAUUUGACAAAGCAAUACAAGCCAUGCUGGACUAUCAGUGUUCUUGCGAAAAUAAUGUUUCUAAACACUUAACAUGGCAGGCGUAGGAAAAAGGAAGAGGUGGUGGGUUUUUUAAGGUGUACAAAUGAUCAAAGAGCAGGUUAAACAUCUCUCCUGGAGCGCUCAGGACCUGACAACAGCACAGCAACCGAAUCACAGGUCCCAAAAGCACAGGAACAGCCGGAGUUUCACCCGUUUCUAGAACCACAGCAGCAUGCUGCCCUCAGUUAUGCAAUACUGUACCUUUAGCUAUUGAGUUUAACGAAAUAAAUCUAUUUUUUAAAAACUUUGAUCUUCUUAACAUACAUUCUUAGACUGCUGACAUCUGAAAUACUCGUCUAGAGAGAAUUCUCCCCAAGACCGCAUUUUUAUAUCUAAAACCAAAUAACACACCCCAUAAUUCCAUCACAAAAUCAGGUGCAGUUGUUGUAAAGAGCAAAAUUCCAUACUGACCAUAAUCACAACGUAAAAAACACGGUGAAACCUCAAAGUUGGUCCUGGAGGUUUCUGCACCUGGUGUAAUUUGUCUCUAAGAGACGACGUGAAGAGCAGCCCCGUGUAAAUACGUCACCGGCCCCGCUGGAGCAGGAGGCGGCAGCUCCGGGAGGUACCUGUAGCACCUGCGCUGUGUAGUGGACGUGUCAAGAAUAAUCAUGUUAAUGCAAUUGCCAAUUCUGUAUUGUUGUCUAUUAGAAGUGUAAACUACUGAAAACUCGGCCUUGCAGAUAUGAAUAAAGUGAUUAAAAUACCCA